CGUAGACGUAACCGUAUCGAAAUGCUGUUAACAACUGACCAGCGUAUACCAUGUGUCGACAUCCAAAUCCGCACAUUUGUUCAAGCAACUUAGUCGCAAUUUUAACUGGACAUUAAUACUAUUGGUGAGUAUAUUUAGCUAUUGGCGUGAAAUAAUUUUACAAAACGGGAUUUCUUUUUGUUUUUGUAGAACAAAAGCGAAUUGAUCAUAAUGAUCGUUUAAAACAUUAUCGUAGUUAG